AUGAAUCCUCUCGUGGAGCUGUUGGUUCAACCAGGAGAACGAACUUUGCAAUCUAAAAUUUCUAUCUACGGAAGUGUUCGAGUAUGUCUGCGAGAUGCCUACGUGCAAGCUGAUGAAAAGAAUACGAGAGAUUCGGGUGAUGAUUGGCUGACCAGCGGUGUUGUUGUCGGUGGUAGUGGAGCAUCUACUAGUGGCGAUCCGAUAGUAGAGGUGUUGAGCAAAAUGGGAUAUGAGCUGAGUCGUCGCAUUUCCAGUGAUAUUGUGGAUUUCCCGCAACAGCAUAAGGUAAGUUGUGUGUAUUCAAGC